AUGAAUGAAGUCUCAUCACUGGAAGGCGCACGAAUCGUGUGGCGGCGCUCGGUCGACGUGGCACUGGCGUCGAUGUGUUACGAUAAUCUCUCGGGGGUUAUUAUCAACGCGACCAGGGGUGUUAAUAGGGUUUGGGCACUAGAAAACGAAGCAGGGGAGGGAGUCGUGCGGAAUGCGGCUCGUAAAUCUCCGUGCGCGGUGUUCAUUAGAGGAGACGGCGCGGGUGUGCCGGCGCAGUUGUCGGCCGCGUUACAGCCAAUAAAGCGAGCUAUGCAAGCAGCCCCGCUCGAUACAGUCGCCGCAAUCCGCUCGGCGCGGCGUUCCCAUGCUUUAUCCGAUUUCAAACCGCCGCUGUUCAGACAAAGGGGGCGGUUGCGUGCUUCCAUACCGAGCGGAGAACAGACAGCCGCGGAAUUUUCCAGACGCAGAUGGAACGCGCGGACUAAUAGUCCCUCCCUGCUUUUCAAU